AAAAGUUUUUUAGUUGACCUAUUUCUAUGUAAGUAUCACACACAAUACAAAAUUUUAUAUAUCGGCAAUGAAAAUAGAAAAUUGAGUUUGUUUUGGGUGAAAACUUCCUUCAGUUAAGUACACCAAAUCUAGCAUAGAUUGUUUUGGUCAGCCUGUAAAAACCAAUAAAGUCAAGUGGGGGGGGGGGAUGUGUGUGGGUCAGGUCAUGUCACUGUGUCCACAUUUCCUUCAGUUAAGUACACCAAAUCCAGCAUAGAUUGUUUUGGUCAGCCUGUAAAAACCAAUAAAGUCAAGUGGGGGGUGGGGGAUGUGUGUGUGUCAGGUCAUGUCACUGUGUCCACAUAAAAUUAUGUGGGGUGUGUUAGUGAGGUCAUACCACAAGCCGAUCAACAGUCUCCAUUCACCCCCCCCCCCAAACCACUUGUCAGUAUUUUUAAUAGUCUCCCCCCUUUCACUUUGGACAAAGCCUAAGUCUGCUGUAAGGUCACAUGGGCUUAGUGGUGACUAAGACAAAGUUGGUAUGCAUUCAAAGAACACAUUGGUGAAUGAUUCUAGCAUAAAUCAUUGUACAUCAAAUCCCACAACACACUGAGAUGUCAGUUAUGAAUAGCCAUAUAAUUUAUAUUGCACUUCUUUGAGAUAGCCAAUCAAAAAUGGAGCGUAGGUAGUGGGAACUGGGGUUUAAAAAAUGAAAACUUUUUUUAUGUAGCCAUUCAAUUCAUUCAAUUUAAUGUUUAUAUCUUUAUGAAAUAUUUAACAAUUGUGUAAUACUGUAUGAAAUAUUUAACAAUAGUGUAAUAUAUCUUUAUGAAAUAUUUAACAAUUGUGCAAUGUCUUUAUGAAAUAUUUAACAAUUGUGUAAUAUCUUUAUGAAAUAUUCAACAAUUGUGUAAUAUCUUUAUAAAAUAUUUUACAAUUGUAAUUUUUAAGAAAUAUUUAACAAUUGUGUAAUAUCUUUAUGAAAUAUUUAACAAUUGUGUAAUACUUUAUAAAAUAUUUAACUAUUGAGUUAUAUCUUAAAGAAAUAUUUAACAAUUUUGAAAUAUAUUUAUGAAAUAUUUAACAAUUCUGGAAUAUUUAUAUGAAAUAAUUAAGAGUUUUAGAAUUUCUAAAUAAAAUAUUUAACAGUUGUGGAAUAUCUCAAUAUUAUUUUAUUGCAUUUUGAUGUUAAUUCUGCUCUCCAUUAUCAAUUAUAAAAUUAAUUCGUCUUGAAAUAUAAUACUAUUAUAUAAUGUAUAGACUGAAUUUACUCUAAAUGACUCAUUAGUUCAAAUCCUUUCAGACUUUGCUUUAUACUUUAUAAAAUUUUUUCCCCAGUUUGUGGCAACAACAAAUUUGUUGAUGUUGUAUUUGUUUUCGACGAAGCUGCCUUGGGAAAGAAAGUCUCAAAUAAAAUAAAAGAAUUUUUGCAAAAAAUUACGGAAAAUCUCAGCCUUAACUCAGGAAAGGUCAGAGUUGGAGUAAUGUCAAAAACAUGUCACCAAGGGGAUAUAACUCUUGUACAGGUUUGUCAAAGUUUUUGGAAUUAAUCUUUGUUUUGUUUAACUACCUGUUGCCCAUGUUUAUUAUACAUUUUUUUUACAAUAAGUUGUGAUUAUUACUUUGAUUUAAAAAAUUCAGAUGGGCCUAAAAAUUAAUGUGUCUUUACUUAUAUUGCAGAACCUUAAACGAGAACAGCUCAUUGAAAAUCUAAAAGUGGACAAGGGUGAAGAAAUUAGUUAUUUGAUCAAGAUAACCAUCAGAGAUUCCUUUACUCCAGAAAAUGGUGCCAGAACGGGCUCUUUGAAAAGGCUGGUGGUAUUCUUAGAUGACUAUCUUCGUGAGAAAAGGGAGAUUUUUGCACUGCUUGCUAAAGCCAAACAUAGAGACCAGUAUGAGGUAACUAGAUAAUGAGCCAUAGAAGUUUCUGAGGAUGAAAAGUAAUUAUGAAUUUAAAGCUAUUACUAUUGUCAGAAUGGGUUACGGUAAACGAAUCUUUACUGGCUUUAUUUGGAGUGUCAGCUGCUUCUAAAAUUGGCUCAGGAUAUAAUCUAUGUCCAAAGAGAAAAAUCUGACAUUUCAGCUGUUAUUUCCCAAAAUUGCUAACCAUUCCUGGAGUUGCAAGACAUUCCUCUCUCUAAUAGCAAUAUGGAAUCAUCUUGAGGUUUCUGCUGAGUGACCUCCUAAAACUACAAAUUCUUGUGAUUUUCACAAAGUCUUAAACUCAUUGUUUCAAUGUAGUCCCCCUAGAAUUUGGUACCCAUAAUAUAGACCCAGACAAGAUAUUCCAUACCAGCGAUUAGUUUUAGCUAAUGCUCAAACAGGUCGACCAUAAGUCAGAAACAAGAAAUACGACACCCUUAGUAAAGCGGAAAUUAUUACGUGGGAAUAUCAAAAUCAAGAAAUAAUUUGAUUUUUGUUCUCUGUUAAAUUAUAUGUAAUUUUUUCUUUCAAAUUUUAUUUGUAUAGUGAUAAUUCAUUAAUAAAUCUAUAUGUUUAAGAUAAAGGUUAUAUUUACCAUAGUCCUGUUUUGUCACUGUUUACUUUUUCACACUUCUAUUUUGUCACUGCUCACUUUUUCACUCUUCUAUUUUGUCACUGCUCACUUUUUCACUCUUCUAUUUUGUCACUGCUCACUUUUUCACUCUUCUAUUUUGUCACUGUUCAUUUUUUCACUCUUCUAUUUGUCACUUUUCUGUUGCAACAUGUCCUGUUUCAACAUGUUCUGUUUAUUCCAGUUAGGUUAAGGAACGAUUUCAGUUUUCAAAAAAGUAGAUACGUCCACAAAAACUUAUUUAAUUCAUAAUCAGAACAUGGGUUAAGCUAAGCAAAAUAAUGCAAAGUAUAUUAAUCGUUAGGGUUCGUGAAAAAUACCAUUUUCAUAAAACAAGUUACAACUGCAAGAACUCAUUAACUGCCAUGUACAUUAAAAAUGUUUUGAAAUUGAAUAAGAUAUUUAAGUCUUUAUUAAAUCGAAUUCGGUUCAUCUUAUUAUAAAACUGAGAUCCUUAUUCUUUUAUUUGCAGAUUUUUGUUAUCAAUUUCGGAACCAACUACGAUAAAGGCUUCAUAGAAAGCCUUGGUACUAGCAAGGAUCAUGUUAUUUUCCUUGGUUCAGCUGAUGAAUUGAUCAUAAGGAAAAAUGAGUUCACAAACAUAUUUUGCAGAGGUAAGUUCAUUGAUUUUUUUCCCCUUUACAUUAGUAAUAUUGAUGAAUAACUAGAAAAUUUAAUUGGUUUAGCACUACAAUCUCUAUAUCCUAAUUGUACUCAGGAUUAUAGCAAAUGUUCUGAUCUUAAUUAUGACAGUAUAAAUUGUAAUUCUCUUUGUAUAGUAUCUUAAAUAAAUUUGACUAAAAAGGAAAUUUGAAACCCAAAUGCCUAUAAGUUUAUUUCCAAAACAUUUUAAAAUAAAAGGAUUAAAAAAUGUGUUUUAUGGAAACAGUUUUAUAUUUAAAAGCUUCCCCACAUCAUCUCAUUUGGUUUUUAUUUUUGAUUUUAUUUAUUUCUGUAAGACUUUUAUCCCACAAUGUACCAGAUCUGAUCAGCUGGCAAUUACACAGGAUUCCAGAAUAGAUUAAUAACCAUACAUAAACAAAUAGCCAUAUAACAGAAUAACACUUUUUUUUUUUCCUGCAGAUAUCUGAGUUGAUGUCAAAGUAACUACUUGAUUUUCCUACUCAAGAGACUUCCCCUGUGAUAUUUGAAAGCAUUACUUAUUUGUAUUAUAUUGUACAAAGCUGUAACUUAUGAUAUGGUUUAAAAACAUAUUUGUGUUCUCUUUUCAUUAUAUGUUUUGUCUAAUUUUGAGUAUCAACGCCAAUAAACAUAUAUUUAUACUUAAAAAUGAAAAUUUUCUGAUUAUGUUUUACAUACAAAUGUUUCUUUGCAAUAAUAAAAUAAAAUGUGUAAUUAAUAAAGAAGAAAUACAUUUAA